AUGCUGCCUCGACUGUACUUGGACUACCCUCCUCACAUACUUGAGGAUAUCAUCAACUUAUUGCCACAGCAAUCGCUCAUCAACCUUGCAUCUUCAAAUUCAGCGUUCUACCAACCAUGCGUCAAGAAAUUGUACGCGAGAAUUGUCAUUUCGGCGAGGGCGCCUUUGAGGAGGAAGCGGGGGCUAAGCGGUAUGGACUUUCAGGAUAGCACUCGACUGGUUCUAUUUGGGUCUCGUGGGUGCCAUGACGAAGAAGCGAAUUGCCGGAGAAUCGAAGACAAGUUGAUGUUACUCUUGAAAUCGUUGAAGACGGUGAAGAAGAAGAAGAAGAGGAAGGACGACGAGGAGGAAAAGGAGGAGGAGGAGGAGGAGGAGGAGUCUGCGUUGAAACACCUUGUGGCCCAGGUUCACGUGUUUGGAACGUAUGAUGCUAGGAUUGUGCAGUUGCUUCAGCAAUUGAUCGAUUGCUUUAAGCGGUUGGAGUGCUUCCACAUCUCACACCUGUAUCUCCGCGGCAAGCUCAAUACGAGCAAAUUGGAAUUGCAUUCUAUGAUCGUAGAUGAAGCACAGAGGAACUUGAGGAGUAACGCAACAGUGACGAGACUACUCCUUGGUCUCCAUUGGCGACUCGACGACGUCGAGCUUGUUGCGCAUAGAAUCACCCUGUUGAUCCUACCUGCCUCGCCCCAGUUGUUUUGCCUGUGUAUGUCCUCAUUGGUGCCGAUGUAUGGCAAACCGAUCCAUUUACCGAACUUGAAGCAAUUCCGCUUGGUUGCUCAUGACAAGAUUAUGAAGCUGCAGAGCAUGAGACUGAUUCCCUGGGAGAAACUCCAAGAUCUAGAAAUUGUUGCAGCGCCUUUCAGCAUCGAGUGCAUUUUGGGUAGUUUCCCCGCGUCGCUAGACUGUCUUGAAAAGUUGUCGUUUGUGCAUCUGCUACAUUUAACCGAGCAGGAGGAUUUAGUACGUGAAUCCUUUGCGCAGUCAGUCAUGGCAUUUUUGUCACAAUUAAAAUCAACACCUAGUUUUUUGUCAAUAAGAUGCGAUAUAUCUCGCAGGAAAUGCGUCCCCGAGGGAAAUGUCGAGUGGUAUCGACGCCAGUACGAAUUUUAUGUCAAGCAGCUACCUAAGCUCCUUGGAUCAAAAAUGGAUAAAAGCAAAACGUUGACCUUGUCACUCCCUGCAUUUCUCCAAAGGAUGGCUUGCUACACUUGCUGCUUUUCCGAGAUCAAGUCUAGUGGCUGCCGCUGUGCUACAUGCAAUGAGUACAUGACAAUCUUGGAUGACUACUUUAUGAGAACUAGGGCUAAUAGCGAGAAUAACGACAAGUUCAACUUGGUUCUUCAGAUCUCGUUGCUAUAUGUCGUCGGGGAGCUGCUUGAUGAGAGAACGAACCAUGACGAAACAUGGACCGAAAUGGAGAAGCUCGCGUUUCCCUUGUGGCAGGACUCGUCCAUGGACGCUGACAAGGCAUCCAGGAGCAAAAAAAAGGUUACCUUUUAUUCCAAUGAUCACACUGAUGAAAAUGCCAAUGCUGCAAAGUUUGACAAGAAUUCCAGGGUUGCCUGGCAAAUGUAUAUCAAACUCAACUUCUGCGCUAAGCAUUACUUGAACAAGAGUGUUGAGGAUAUCCUUGCUUCUUUUGCUGCGGGAGUCAAGAUGAAGUUUGGAGAACUGAGUCUAGCAGGCGGAGCCGUGGCAAAUUGUAGCAUCAGAAAGAUCUACAUCAGUGGGCUCGCUUAUAACGUUGAAGCUGGCACGAAUGGAGACUAUAACUACAUUAACAUUUACGACGAAUAA